ACAGUCGCAUCGAGCAUCGUUGAUUCGCUUUGCGCUCAGCUGUGGCUAUGGCCAGGACUUGCCACGUGCCUUGGGAGUCGAAUGCCGAUGAGGAGAGAAUGUGCCCAUUGAGACCCUUGCAGGCGCAGAACCGCGCGCGAGGCGCCAGCACGGCAGGGUCCCGGCUGCCGACCUUGAAACGCCUCAUCCAGGAGAAGCCUAUCGUGAGGGCUAUUGAGGUCCACAGUGGUUUCUCAGCCUUGGUGGUCGAUGCGGCGGUCGCCCAACGGCGCGGGGAGCAGGUGACUUUCGACUGCUUAUGGUCUUCUUCAUUGACCUCCAGUGCCAUCAAAGGAAAGCCCGACAUCGAGACGGUGACCACCUCGGAACGCAUGCAGAUUGUGGACGACGUUUUAGAGGUCUCCACUAAGCCCGUGUUGUACGACGGUGACACUGGCGGGCCGAAGGAGAUCUUUGCCUUUACGGUGCGGAAGCUGGAACGUCUGGGCGUGUCGGGCGUGGUCAUCGAAGACAAGCACCUGGGCGGCCGGAGCGGAAGGGAUCGGACGACG